ACAAUGCCAUUGCCGCAUUUCCGCACUUGUUUUCUGAUUCCCCAGGCUCGUUGGAUUAUGCAACAACUGAUGAAACGGCUGUUGCAAGGUCUUUACUGGAUGGCCAAGGUGUUUGGCUUGCUAGCAGCCACUUCAACGCCUACGAAGCAGACAGAAGCGACAUCGACAACGACAACAUCGUCGACAAAGAGGUGUGGCAAGGGCAAAACACGACAGCCAAGUGGAAGAAUGGAAUGGAAGCUGCAUUAUUCACGUUACUGGCGACUACAUGGCUAUCUGGUGAUGAUAUUUGUUGGCUGCUAUUCACCGUAUGCCUUCUGGACAAUAUUUUGUCGCAUGUCGUUUUUGCGUCAGAAUCGUUUACUGCUCAUUAUUGGUUUCAAUCGUUAUGUCUUGGUAUUAUUCUGUGCCUUUUUCACCCUUUACAUACAUACGAGCAAGCAAAAGAGUAUGCUUAAAUGCCUCAAUGGUCUCUUGAACAACCAACGUGAAUUGAAACGCCUAAUGAUGCCAGUGAGUGAGAAUUGUAGAACAACUUCCGCAUCAUAUCUACAUACAUGGAAUCAUUCCAUUGCCUUGGGAGUCUUUUUAAUUUGUUUCGUUUGUUCGUCAAGUCACACAGUGCAAUUGCUAUCAAUCGAUCCGGAAGUUCCACGAAAUAUUGCCUAUGCCUUUAGUUUGUUUUUCGUUUUUCUGUGUCAAUUGUGUUUGGAAUUAUCACUGGGCAUGUAUUUCUUGGCUUUGCUAUUGAUCACCCAUUUGGUGCAUCAGUGUAAUGUGCUGCUAAAGCAAAUUCUCAACGAUGUCAACGAUAUACAUCGACGGCAUACUCAAACGUUGCACCGACGAACCUUUUAUUCGGCCCAACAAUAUUGGCUUUCAUUGGAAUUGUGGCAAGUUUUGCGAGUUCAUUUCGAUCUAAUGCGUUUGAGUCGCUGCAUUACUUCAUUACAUGGCGGUCAAAUGCUUUGUUUCAUGGCAUUUGUACCCAUGGAGUGCAUGGUGCAUUUGUUCAUCAGUUACUUUGUAUACUAUAGUCGAGCAUUUCUACGUAGAUUUCAUCGCCGUUUGCCUCUUAAUAUGUAUGCAAUGGUUUUCAUUGGCUCACUGUUUAUCAAUCUUUCACUCGUCAUUCUCUAUACGCAUCGGAUGAAGCGAAAAUUUGCUGAGACACGCAACACACUGAGUUGGGGCGUUACGGCUUUACCAUCUGGUAAUUGGAUGACCAAACAAUUGAGAGAGACGAUCCAAUAUUGGGGCUUAUAUUUGAAACAGGGUAAACGGAUUUUUCGCAUCACCGCUUGUGGAUUAUUUAAACUAAAUAAUGCGAUACUCUUUUGUAUUGUGCAGGGCAUGUUAAUCUAUAUGAUGAUACUUAUACAGUUUGAUAAAGUCAUUAACAAAUAA